CAACGGAACCAACCACAUCUCACGCUCAUUAGUGAGAGAGAGAGAGAGAGAGAGGUGGAUGAGUGCAAGGACGAUAGAUAAGGAGAAGGCGACACCCAAACUUGUUGACCGACUUUGUAUUUACUGUGUAUGUGAGAGAGAAUGAUGCCGCUCCUUCUGCAUCUAACGUUCGAAUGUUGCUGGUGUUGAAAAGAAAAAACACGGAGUUUUUGUUGUAGUAUUGCUCGACGGUAGCCUAGCGUUGGAUAUUUUUUUUGUAUCUAUAGGUUCGUGUUUUUUGGGUUGCAUUUCCAAGCGAUGGUGGCAGCAGAAGCAACAUUUCAGCUGGUGUUUAUGGAAGACUUUCCAGUUUUGCAGAGUUGCACGUUGCGAAUGCAAGACUGGAUGUAGCUGAUUGGAGUAGCGAAAUUGGUGAUCACACAGCCGAGUGGGAGGAGGGGAGAUUCUGAAGUGGGGUUUUCUGUGUGUGACUCUCCAGCGGCCAUGUUAUCCAAGAAGCCGUACGCUGCCGUCUACCCAACUGGCAAAGGGGGUGAGAUCUGCCAGCUACAGUCUUCCCCCGGAAUCGGAGUCGGGGGUCCCCGGGUCGGAGCAGCGACAGACCCGCCAUCGCCCGUCACACUACCACCCCUCAGGAAUAUCAAGUCGCUCACGGUUGGAGGCAAUAAGCACACCAUGAGUGACCACACGCACGUGGGAAACCACCAACAGAUCCACGUUCAACAGCUGUUUGAGGAGAACAGCAACAAACGGACAGUGUUGACUGCACAGCCCAAUGGGUUGACCUCUGUGGGCCGGGCAGGGCUACCGCUGCCUGACCGACAGCAGCCCGACAUCACCACUACCACGGCCCAGUGUCGGCAGGGCAGCUCAGCUUCCCUCAAGUCCACCGACAGCAAGCCUCAGCCGGCCACCCUGACCCCGGAGCAGGCCAUGAAGCAGUUCAUGCCCAAGCUGACGGCCUUCGAGCACCAUGAGAUCUUCAGCUACCCAGAGGUGUAUUUCGCUGGCCCCAACGCCAAGAAGAGGCCGGGGGUGAUCGGGGGGUCCAACAACGGAGGCUACGAUGACGAUCAGGGCUCCUACAUCCAGGUGCCCCACGACCACGUCUCCUACCGCUACGAGGUUCUCAAGGUGAUCGGCAAGGGCAGUUUCGGUCAGGUGGUGAAGGCCUACGACCACAAGGCCCACUGCCAUGUGGCGCUGAAGAUGGUGAGGAAUGAGAAGAGGUUCCACCGCCAGGCGGCGGAGGAGAUCCGGAUCCUGGAGCACCUGAGGAAGCAGGACAAAGACUCCACCAUGAACGUGAUCCACAUGCUGGAGAACUUCACAUUCCGUAACCACAUCUGCAUGACCUUUGAACUCCUCAGCAUGAACCUCUACGAGCUCAUCAAGAAGAACAAGUUCCAGGGCUUCAGCUUGCCGCUCGUCAGGAAGUUCGCCCACUCUAUCCUGCAGUGUCUGGACUCGCUGCACAAGAACCGGAUCAUCCACUGUGACCUGAAGCCAGAGAACAUUCUCCUGAAGCAGCAGGGACGCAGCGGGAUCAAGGUCAUCGACUUUGGCUCCAGCUGCUACGAGCACCAGCGGGUUUACACCUACAUCCAGUCUCGUUUUUACAGAGCUCCCGAGGUCAUCCUGGGGUCACGCUAUGGGAUGCCUAUUGACAUGUGGAGCCUGGGCUGUAUCUUGGCAGAGUUGCUCACCGGGUACCCUCUGGUGCCGGGAGAAGACGAAGGGGAUCAGCUGGCAUGCGUCAUCGAGCUGCUGGGCAUGCCCUCGCAGAAACUUCUGGACUCUUCCAAGAGAGCCAAGAACUUUGUGAGCUCCAAGGGUUACCCCCGGUACUGCGCGGUGACGACCCUGCCGGACGGCUCGGUGGUGCUGAACGGGGGGCGCUCCCGCCGGGGCAAGCUGAGGGGACCGCCGGGGAGCAAGGAGUGGGUGACGGCCUUGAAGGGCUGCGAUGACCCUCUGUUCCUGGACUUCAUCAAGCAGUGUCUGGAGUGGGACCCUGCCGUGCGCAUGACCCCCAGCCAGGCCCUCAGGCACCCCUGGCUCAGGAGGCGCUUGCCCAAACCUCCCACGGGGGACAAAACGGCGGUGAAGCGUAUCACCGACGGGGGCUCUGGUGCUAUCACGUCAAUCUCCAAAUUACCCCCCACCUCGGGCUCCACCUCCAAGAUAAGGACUAACCUGGCACAAAUGACGGACGCUAACGGGAACAUCCAACAGAGGACAGUGUUGCCAAAACUAGUCAGUUGAAGGAACUGUAAACAACGCUAGUUCGUCGUCUAAUCUAGGAUAUCUCUUUCUUACUGGUUUUGGUUUGUUUUUUAAAUGGAGAGAUGAUUGUGUUUCUGUCUCUGAGAGCAAAAACAACCGGGGAAGCCGAACAGUACUAGUCACAGUACUAGUCACAGUACUAGUCACAGUACUAGUCACAGUACUAGUCACAGUACUAGUCACAGUACUAGUCACAGUACUCAACCGUGUGGUGUUUAGACAGAGGGGUUUAUUCCGCGUUAUUAUUCACUGCAUCAUUGUUUAGCAGCUCUGUAGCAGCUUUUAUCUAAAUAUAAACAAGACAACAACAUGAAAGUGGUGAUCAUGAAGGGAACAAUGCUUUUAGGUGUUUCGUCUCAGGACUGGGUGCUAUGAUGGGGCUGGUGGAUACCGUUCACACAAUCUGGCACAAGCAGAGAUGAAUAACCUGGGCAUGAUAGUGGAGAAUAACAGAAUGGGUGGCUGGCCACGAUAAACACAUGUCGAUAACUAACUCAUAUCAGACAGUCUGAAGAUAUUUAGGUUCUGCUUCUCUAACGUAUCUCAUUGAUAUUGUGACAUUAAAUAGCUGUGAGGAAGGUGUUUUUUUUAAUAAGAUAAUAGUAUGAUGAGGGGAGAGGAGAGGAGGGGAGAAGGGGGCGGAGGGAGAGGAGAGGAGGGGGGAGAUGAGAGGAAGGGAGGGGAGAGGAGAGAAGAAGGGGGAGAGGAGGGAGAGGAGAGAAGAAGGGGGAGAGGAGAGGAAUGGCAUCUAUCAAAAUAUGAGCUGUUGUAAGUUAUAAGGUGCUAUUCCUUGGUACAGCUGCUGUGAACUGUAUAUCCUCACAGCAAAACAAUGGUGCUUUUUAUUGGACAAUGGAUGUACAGAGGAUUUUGGAGCAAAAAUGUCUACUUUGUUUUGUUCUAGCAGAUCAUUGGAUGAUUAGAAACUACAUGUGCUGAGGCAGAGUAGAGAUGAGGUGAAGUGGCUUUGAAUAUUAUAAUGUCCUCAUCAGCGAGGACUUUGUCUGUGUUGAAGGACUGUGUCUGUGUUGAAGGACUGUGUCUGUGUUGAAGGACUGUGGAUAUUAUGAUGUCCUCAUCAGAGAGGACUGUGUCUGUGUUGAAGGACUGUGGAUAUUAUGAUGUCCUCAUCAGAGAGGACUGUGUCUGUGUUGAAGGACUGUGGAUAUUAUGAUGUCCUCAUCAGAGAGGACUGUGUCUGUGUUGAAGGACUGUGGAUAUUAUGAUGUCCUCAUCAGAGAGGACUGUGUCUGUGUUGAAGGACUGUGGAUAUUAUGAUGUCCUCAUCAGAGAGGACUGUGUCUGUGUUGAAGGACUGUGGAUAUUAUGAUGUCCUCAUCAGAGAGGACUGUGUCUGUGUUGAAGGACUGUGGAUAUUAUGAUGUCCUCAUCAGAGAGGACUGUGUCUGUGUUGAAGGACUGUGGAUAUUAUGAUGUCCUCAUCAGAGAGGACUGUGUCUGUGUUGAAGGACUGUGGAUAUUAUGAUGUCCUCAUCAGAGAGGACUGUGUCUGUGUUGAAGGACUGUGGAUAUUAUGAUGUCCUCAUCAGAGAGGACUGUGUCUGUGUUGAAGGACUGUGGAUAUUAUGAUGUCCUCAUCAGAGAGGACUGUGUCUGUGUUGAAGGACUGUGGAUAUUAUGAUGUCCUCAUCAGAGAGGACUGUGUCUGUGUUGAAGGACUGUGGAUAUUAUGAUGUCCUCAUCAGAGAGGACUGUGUCUGUGUUGAAGGACUGAUCUAGGGUCAGGCUGGGUAGGUAGGUAGGGGCUGUGUCUGUGUUGAAGGACUGAUCUAGGGUCAGGCUGGGUAGGUAGGUAGGGGCUGCAUAUACUUGAAUAGAAGGUGUUCAGAGUCUGGGGUUGUCUCAGUAAUACUCCGGGUUGUAGUGAAAGUCAGUUAGUGUUAUAACACGUGGUUAUAAAGCACUCUGAUGAAUCAGGACUUAAGGUUGACUCGUGUAGCUUUUUGAAUUGCUUAGCUUCUACCAUGUUGACUGUUGCAACUGUAGAGUAGGAGUUUUAUUUCCAGUUGAUCGUUUCUUGAAUAUUUUCAGUAGUGAACCAAUUAUGUGUCUCUGGCCAGAGUGUAAAUUCCUAAAACGCUUGUUCCCUUGCACAGCCCAAAAAAGUAUUCACAUAUCCCCCUUACUUUAUGUGGAAAAACCUUUAAAACACAAUCCUAAACCUAGUAAUGAACAUUUCCCCAAAUGUGUUGGACCUAAAGUAUUUGACAAAGGUUUUAUUAGUUCACCAUAAUCAGACAGACUUCUUUAAAGCUUUGUCAAAGUUUUACUUAUUUGUUUCACAUUUAAAAAAAAUAUUGUCAAAUAAAAGUGGCAAUCUGAACGAUAUUAAAGUGAACAUAGGGCUGAAUAGAACAGAAUGUUGUGCUGUUGUCUGGUCGGUCGGUCGGUCGGUCGGUCGGUCGGUAACCACGGAGUGACUGAUGACCUAAUGCACAAGAACUCUAUGGGAUCCUAUCAGACUGUCACUGUGUGGAUACUUGGAGGCUCCAGGACACGGAGGACAAGUCUCUGUUUGAUUGGAGCUCACUACUUCUACUCUACAGAACAGGUGUGGCUGGCUGGGGAUUGGAUGGACGACCCGGUGACCUCAUCAGGUCAGGGAGAAUAGCCCGGCCAAUGGCGCCCCAGUGGGCGGCGCCUCACCUGCCCCGCUGAUGAUUGGUUCAGUGCCUGCCAGGGCCAGCUGCACACUGCUCAGUAGCCCCGCCCCCUUUGGAACCCACUGCCACCUGCUGAUUGGAGAACGUCAGUGGGGAGGGGCAGGACAGGGGGCCGGGUCACAACGUUCUUUUGACUUUUUAUUGUAGUUGUUUUGUGGAUUGACAGUCGGGAGGAAUUGUGCCCUUAGGUUGAAUACAAUGUGCCUUUGGUUAUCAAUGCCAUUCAUUUAGUAACCCAAGACCAGUAACAUAAUGACAUCAUCCCCCUACACCCACCUACAGCACAUCUCCCCUGAACAUACAUCCAUUUCACAGAUGUUUGAAAUGUUUACAGUCAUUUUCAUGGAUGUUUUCUUCAAGCAAUGCCCAAAGACAGUCUUCCUGGCUGAACCUCUGACGUGGUAGCGAGCAGGAAGCCAAGCGGCCGCACAAUGACAAGUAUUACACGGGAUACAUCCUAAAUGGCACCCUAUUCCCUAUAUAGUGCACUACUUUUGAUUGGGCCCUGGUCAAAAGUAGUGCACUAUAUAGGGAAUAGGGUGCCAUGUGGGCAGCAGCCGUGCAGUUUGGAGACAGAGCUUCAGUCCUGUGGGAUGACUAACUCUCUCACCUGGAAACACCCUUUGCCAACAGGGAACGCUUCGUAAGAAGAAAUCACCUUAUGCUCUGAAAAGGGUUGAGGAACUGGUAGCCUCUGUCUUGUCUUAACAUCGAAACAAUUCAAGGGGUUAUAGCUGUUUGCUUUAUUUAAUUACUCCUGAAGAGGACAAAAAUACAUUUUAAUCGUUACCUCAGACUGUUGUGAUAGAUAUAUCUUCUUAUUGUGAUUUGAAUAAUCCAGGGCAUUUGGUUACAUACCAAAGUGCAUUCCUUUCUACGUUUGUGGCUAUGAGGAAAUGAAGCCAGUGGAUUUGUUCUCUUAUUUUUCUGAGUAAAAAUAAGGCACUCCAACCACUUUUGGUCAUUCAAGGGCCAUAUCUAUCUAUCUCUCUAUCUAUCUCUCUAUCUAUCUAUCUCUCUAUCUAUCUAUCUAUCUGGAGAAUGCUUUUAUUACACCAGAUGUUCUGUCUGAAUGGCGUAGCUCAACUCUAAACCUCUGUGUGCUCGACAUGGUUGGAUGUAGCCUCUUUUCAGUGCACUGUCAACUGUCCUAUCACAAUCUACAGUCUAUAGUCGAUGUGUCAGUCAGCCCAAUGUGCUACUCCACGGUAAGGUAACAUAGCUGUGGCAGAAUCAAGCAUUUGGCUAUAUCGUAAAUGUUUUGAAAAUGAAUUUUAAAAUAAUAAUUUUUUGCUACUUGUAAGAAUUUUAACUCUUGACUGUCUCGAGAGUUCUACUACACGACUUUUAGAAGACUGUCUCGAGAGUUCUACUACAAAACUUUUAGUAGACUGUCUCGAGAGUUCUACUACACGACUUUUAGAAGACUGUCUCGAGAGUUCUACUACACGACUUUUAGUAGACUGUCUCGAGAGUUCUACUACAAAACUUUUAGAAGACUGUCUCGAGAGUUCUACUACAAAACUUUUAGAAGACUGUCUCGAGAGUUCUACUACACAACUUUUAAAAGACUGUCUCGAGAGUUCUACUACACAACUUUUAGAAGACUGUCUCGAGAGUUCUACUACACAACCUUUAGAAGACUGUCUCGAGAGUUCUACUACACAACUUUUAGAAGACUGUCUCGAGAGUUCUACUACACAACUUUUAAAAGACUGUCUCGAGAGUUCUACUACACAACCUUUAGAAGACUGUCUCGAGAGUUCUACUACACAACUUUUAGUUGACUGUCUCGAGAGUUCUACUACACAACUUUUAGUUGACUGUCUCGAGAGUUCUACUACACAACUUUUAGUUGACUGUCUCGAGAGUUCUACUACACAACUUUUAAAAGACUGUCUCGAGAGUUCUACUACACAACUUUUAGUUGACUGUCUCGAGAGUUCUACUACACAACUUUUAGAAGACUGUCUCGAGAGUUCUACUACACGACUUUUAGUAGACUGUCUCGAGAGUUCUACUACACGACUUUUAGUAGACUGUCUCAAGAGUUCUACUACACGAGUUUUAGAAGACUGUCUCGAGACUUCUACUACACGACUUUUAGUAGACUGUCUCGAGAGUUCUACUACACGACUUUUAGUAGACUGUCUCGAGAGUUCUACUACACGACUUUUAGUAGACUGUCUCGAGAGUUCUACUACACAACUUUUAGUAGACUGUCUCGAGAGUUCUACUACACAACUUUUAGUAGACUAUCUCGAGAGUUCUACUACACAACUUUUAGUAGACUGUCUCGAGAGUUCUACUACACAACUUUUAGUAGACUGUCUCGAGAGUUCUACUACACGACUUUUAGUAGACUGUCUCGAGAAUUCUACUACACGACUUUUAGUAGACUGUCUCGAGAGUUCUACUACACGACUUUUAGUAGACUGUCUUGAGAGUUCUACUACACGACUUUUAGUAGACUGUCUCGAGAGUUCUACUACACGACUUUUAGUAGACUGUCUCGAGAGUUCUACUACACAACUUUUAGUAGACUGUCUCGAGAGUUCUACUACACAACUUUUAGUAGACUGUCUCGAGAGUUCUACUACACAACUUUUAGUAGACUGUCUCGAGAGUUCUAUUACACAACUUUUAGAAGAAGUAAGAAAAAAAAUAGAAUGUUGAACUGAGCAACAAAGUUGGUAGAUGUUAGUACUCUUUACCACAGCCACGGACGCUGUACAUAUGUGACAUUUGCGAUGGAUUCAAUGUGGAUUUGUACAUAUGUAUAAUGUUUUUGUCUUUGGUGAAAUGCUGCUGGAAGCACUACAUGAAUGUUGUAGUGGGUUUUAAGCUUGGCCAGUUUUACUAUAGUGUAUGUAAUGUACAGCUAAUGGAAGGUCACUUUUUUUAGUGAUUAUUUGUUACAUUUUAUUGUUGUGGCCGGAAAAUGUUAUUAAAUAAAAAGUUUUAAUGUCCAUCUUUCUAA